AUGUGUACGACAGUUACAAAGUUUGGUUCAAGUUCAGGAAGAAUGUUCAAGUUAAACGCAGCUCAGCGUGAACGUGUGCGGAAUUUCCACGAGAUCACACAAUGCUCUGAAAAGGUGGCAAUCCACUGUCUUCAAACCAACAACUGGAAGAUGGAGCAGGCAGUGGACUAUUUCUAUCGACAGAAUCAAGUCAAUUCUGGCGUUUCGGUGAACGAAGCCCGAAUAGAACAGUUAUUCCAACGAUACCGAGACCCGCAGUGUCAAGACCGCAUCCUGGCCACCGGUAUGGAGCAGUUUAUUGCCAACGACCUUGGAAUCGAUCCGGCGAGUAUGACCACCUUGAUUUUGGCCUGGAAAUUCGGAGCAAAGACUCAAGGUGAAUUCACUCGAGAGGAAUUUUUCCGAGGAUUCAAAGAACUGGGCUGUGAUUCGAUUGACUCACUCCGAGCCAAGCUCCCUUCCUUGAACGCCGAAAUUGCCAACCGAGAUGCUUUCGAAUCCCUUUAUUUGUUUACCUUCAGCUUCGCCAACCUAGACAAACAUGAGAGCAAAUCGCUGGUGUUGCAGUAUGCAAUCCCCUAUUGGGAUAUUUUGCUCCGAGGGCGAUUUUGUCAUUUGGACCUUUGGUUUCGGUUUCUUGAGGAACAUCACAAACGGCCCAUUUCCCGUGACACGUGGAAUCUAUUGCUGGACUUUGUCGAUACAAUCCAACCCGACAUGUCCAAUUACGAUGAGGAAGGUGCCUGGCCCGUUUUGAUCGACGAAUUCGUCGAGUGGGCAAGACCACAAAUUCAGAUGGAAUGUAAAGCAAGUUCCAAUUGAGGACCGCGGCGUUCCCAGCGGUAUCAACCGUCAUGUUGCAGCCAGAUUCAAUACUCUGGAUUCACUCACGGGUGACCCCGUCGUUUGGUCUUAUCAACUGUAAAGCAUUCGCUCCCUGUGUUCCCUUUUUCCCCCCGUUGGGGUCUACUUCAUGUAUAGGGUCCCCGCCAGACCUUUAACCGACUACAGUUUGUCAAUCUUCCUGGCUUACACUUUGCCCCCGUGUUUUCGCCCUGUUUUGCUGAAAUCACAUCUACAGCACCCAUUAGGCAAACAUUUUCGGUGCUCUUCUGUCAUCAACAGCAUUCUCCCCGUCCUUUACCAAAAUCAGACUAGGCCUACCUUGUUCCGGCCAUAUACCGACCUAUAAUUAUCUUCGUAUUUCUUCAGUCUAUGAAAAGCGG